CACCUUGCUCCGCACUGACGCAAACCCAAUCUUUCCCAAGGAGCUAUAGAAAGCUUUGCUCUUGGCUGAGCAAAAUUCAGUCUAUCAAUCGCCUGUACGGCCGUUUUUACCUCCACCAGUUCAAUCUGUUGCUAUUUAAGACAUGGAUUACACCAGUCAAAAGGAUAUGAACAAGCAGGUUGUCAACAGCCCUGAAACAGUUGCCCUUGGAGAAAUUGAAGGUGCGGGAGUUAUACGAACCAGCCCCGAAAAUGAGCAGCAGAACCUACCUUCAAAAGCCCCCUUCCAGUUGGCCAAGGUCUCCAGAUCUCUCUCCAGCGACAACAAAAUCUCUCUAUCGGAAGAAGCCAAACAGAACGAUUUUGAGAGGACCAAAAUUGGAAUCUGCAAGGUCAGCAGCACCUCAGUCCAAGCCAACUCCACCACCCGAAAGGAUUCUGUAGAAACCUUUCCGCUAAAGAACAUCCCCAGUGCAGGAAACCAAGGGCAAGUCAAUAUUCUUCACUGCAAAAUCCCCCCUUUGCAAAGCACAGACGGCGAAGCUAAUCAAAGUCUUGGUAAGAGCACACUGGAGCAAAACAAUGCCAACAGCGGUUGGGUGACCAUGAGCCAGAGCACCGUGGUUCUGGGCACAGAUGGGAACACUUCUGUUCUGCCUGGCAGUGUUAACGGGGAUGACGAUAAAGGAGAUGAAAAUAAAGCCCGAGGGAACUGGUCUAGCAGGAUGGACUUCAUCCUCUCCAUGGUGGGUUAUGCAGUGGGGCUGGGCAAUGUCUGGAGGUUCCCGUACCUGGCCUUUAAGAAUGGGGGAGGUGCAUUUCUCAUCCCCUACUUGAUGAUGCUGGCUCUAGCUGGAAUACCCAUUUUCUUCCUGGAAGUUUCAUUGGGGCAGUUUGCUAGUCAGGGACCUGUGUCUGUCUGGAAAGCUAUCCCGGCCUUACAAGGCUGUGGCAUUGCUAUGCUGAUCAUCUCUGUUCUAAUAGCCAUAUACUAUAAUAUUAUUAUGUGCUACACACUUUUCUACCUUUUUGCAUCCUUUGUCCCUGUAUUACCCUGGGCUUCCUGCACCAACCCUUGGAACACGCCAGACUGCAAAGAUAAAAAUAAACUCUUAUUAGAUUCGUGCAUCAUUGGUGAUCACCCAAAAAUAGAGAUUAAGAACUCUACUUUCUGUAUGAGUGCCUAUCCAAACUUGACAAUGGUUAACUUCACCAGCCAAGGAAACAAAACUUUUGUCAGUGGAAGUGAAGAGUACUUCAAGUACUUUGUAUUGAAGAUUUCUGGUGGGAUUGAAUAUCCUGGUGAAAUCAGGUGGCCCUUGGCACUUGCUCUCUUUCUGGCUUGGGCGAUUGUGUACGCAUCCCUGGCUAAAGGAAUCAAGACAUCAGGAAAAGUCGUGUAUUUUACUGCUACAUUUCCUUACGUAGUGCUCAUCAUCCUGCUUAUCAGAGGAGUAACCUUGCCAGGAGCUGGGGCUGGAAUCUGGUACUUCAUCACGCCUAAGUGGGAGAAACUAAUUGAUGCUAUGGUGUGGAAAGACGCUGCCACUCAGAUUUUCUUCUCGUUAUCUGCUGCGUGGGGAGGUCUAAUUACUCUCUCUUCAUAUAACAAAUUUCAUAAUAAUUGCUACAGGGACACAUUGAUAGUCACAUGCACCAACAGCGCCACAAGUAUAUUUGCAGGCUUUGUCAUCUUUUCAGUUAUUGGCUUCAUGGCAAAUGAACUCAAAGUAGAUAUUGAAGAUGUGGCAGACCAAGGUCCUGGCAUUGCCUUUGUGGUUUAUCCUGAAGCCUUAACCAGGCUCCCUCUCUCUCCGUUCUGGGCUAUAAUAUUCUUUUUGAUGCUUCUAACUCUUGGAUUGGACACUAUGUUUGCCACUAUUGAGACGAUUGUGACCUCCGUUUCAGAUGAGUUUCCCAAGUACUUGCGUACCCACAAACCACUGUUCACUCUUGUUUGCUGCAUUUCCUUUUUCAUCAUGGGAUUUCCUAUGAUCACUCAGGGUGGACUGUAUAUGUUACAGCUUGUGGACACUUACGCAGCUUCUUACUCUCUUGUCAUCAUUGCCAUCUUUGAGCUUGUUGGGAUUUCAUAUAUAUAUGGCUUGCAAAGAUUUUGUGAAGAUAUAGAGAUGAUGAUUGGAUUCCAGCCAAGUAAAUUCUGGCGAGUCUGUUGGGCAUUUGUGACCCCAACUAUUUUAACUUUUAUUCUUUGCUUCAGUUUUUACCAGUGGGAACCAAUGACCUAUGGAGCUUACCAUUAUCCAGGCUGGUCGAUGGUCCUUGGGUGGCUGAUGCUGGCCUGCUCUGUUGUUUGGAUCCCUAUUAUGUUUGUGAUAAAAAUGCACCUAGCCCCUGGCAAAUUUAUUGAGAGGCUCAAGCUGGUCUGCUCUCCACAGCCUGACUGGGGCCCAUUUUUGGCUAAACACCGCGGUGAACGUUACAAGAAUAUGAUUGAUCCACUGGGAACUUCCUCCCUUGGACUUAAACUGCCAGUGAAAGAUUUAGAAUUGGGAACCCAAUGCUAGUAAUUCCUAUCCUGGUGUCAAGAAUAUGUACAGCCUUUUUAAUUUUUCUUUUAUUAGUUUCCCAUUGUCUCCUUUGUUCUUUUUCACAGUUCCUAAAAGUGUUUGCUUAGAAAGUAGGACUUAUUGUUGCAUGCUUAGUGAAGAACUAGACGGCCACUUGAAGUAUUGGGGUGGGGGGUGUGGUGGUUUUUUUUUGUUUGUUUUUUUUUAGUGGUGCCCAGGACCUAUUAUUUCCACUGUGAAAUAGUAACAUGAUGUCAUGCAACUGGUCAAACUUCUUUUCUUUUUCUUUUUUUUUUUUUCUUUUUUUUUUUUGGACGGUCACGCAUAGCCCAACAGGGAAUGAUUGUUGAGUUUAACCAUUUAGAUAGGGAAAUGGUUCCUGCCGAUUUAGGGCCAAUGCUGCUCUGUUGCAACCCCUUUGACAUGGGACUGAGAAUUCCUUACCAGUGUAACUGAAAGGAGAGUUUGACCAUUGGGAUGGCGUGGGAGGGACUGAGUGGAUAAUGUGGCCCAUUUGGCUAGAUUCUGACCCCUGUAAUACUGAUGUAAAUCCAGAGUGACACUACUGGCCGUGAUGGAGUCACUCCAAAUUUACACUGAUAGCAGAAUGUGGCCUGCAGAGUCUGCAAACAAUCCUUCUAUUAAGUAAGUUCUGAUUAUACUGAAGGCUUUCUGACUCAAUCAAGGAGUUAACCUUUAAACACCAUGCACUGGUAUCUGAUGCAUGACAUCAAAAAAAGGAAGAGCUUUAAUGAGCCAUUCAACACUUUUGAGGGGAAAAAUAAAAGCACAUGUAAAAUGUAUUUGAGAUCAGGACUAAAGUUGUAUUUGAGUCUGAAAACUGGUUUGAAAUAGUGCCAUAAUGAGGCAGAUGGGCACCACUAUUUUAAUUAAUUUCAUGCAUUUCCAUUAAUAAUUUGAUACGUCUUUUUCAUUAAAAAUGCCUCAGUUACACUGAGUAUCUAAACCUCCACUUCAUUGGCAAAGUGCACACAUAAGUACAAACCCAAUUUUAUUCACUUCAUCCAAGUAUUCUGAAAUAUCUUUGCUAUCUUCACUUUUGUUUAAAAUCUCCUGUAAAGAAGCCAUCAUAUAAUUUGUGCCUAAUUUUAUAUUCUUACAGUAGUAGAUGUAUUCUAGUUUCCAUAUGACAACAGUUAUUAAAAUUUAGCUGUGCUGUUCAACUUUGUGAUUCCCCUCUUUGUUCUCUUAUAAACUUCUUUAUAUAACUUGUAGCUAUAUUCUUCUCUUUCAGCCAAAGGAAAUAACUGAACCCCUAUUUCUGUCUCUCUCUAUAGUGUGUGUAUGUGUAUAUAUAGUACGUAAAUUCUUCAAGACAAUAUCCUCUUAUAACAAUCUGAGCUGUGCAUAGUUUGCUUUUCUUAAUUUUUACUGUCAACCUUUUCAUUAAAAACAAUUAAAUACAAUAAAGUGAUAAGACUGGAUAGACAAAAUUAUAAGGAAGAGAAUGCAUAGUUAGUUAUUUUAACAUUGCAUUGCAGUAGUACAUCCUCUAUAACUGCAUUUUAGAAAUACAAUAUAUGUAUGGCAAUAUGAGUAUUAGUCUUAAAUAUUUCUGCCACCUAAUGGGCAGAGUAAAAAUAGUUUUUAAGAGUACCUUUAAUGAACUAAAUUUAAAUUACCCCAAUUGAUUGUAAAGUGCACUAUAAAGAGGGAGCAAAAUAUGUCUUCAGUAAAUUGGCAAAACUGCAACCUUUAUUAUGCUGUUGUAUUCUAUACAUACAUAUGAGAUUAUUUUUUUGAGUGAUCAGUGUUCAUGUAAUGUGUACUAGUGAUGUUUUAUGUCCCUAUUAAUAUCUUAUCAACCAGUGUAUAGAUAUGGUGAGUUUAGAAUAGUGUAGCCUGGGGUUUUUCCCCACUAUUGUAGUAACCAAUCUAAAUGUAAUUUCCUUUCGGGGGACUGUUUAUAUCAUGUUCUUUUUUUGUGUUCACAUUACAGGGUCUCAGGUAAAUCUUCAGUUAAAAUGUGUCUGUAGAUGUGAUGUUUUCAUCCAGUUGAAGAAAACAAAAACAACUAGACAUUUAUGUAACAUUUUCAAAUUUAUUUUGUAUGUAGAUGUUAAAAAAAAAAAUCAUUUUGCUGAACUUUCUCUUUCGUGGGGCAAAUAGUGUUGCCAGUUAUUGACACUGCUAGGGAUAUUCAAUUCUCAGGCAGUACACAUGAAGCACAAUCAAAUAUUUGUCAUUAAAUGAAGUGGGAAUAGAUUUUGAAGCAUUGGCCCCUAAAUCUGUAUUAUACUUUUUUCAGUUUGGUGUCUUUACUUCUCCCCGUAUUAUACAGAGCAUUAAGAUUGUGACCCUUCCACAAGCAUCUCUACCUUAAAGCUGCACCAACUUGAUUUAGCUUUGCCAGCUGAUUCAAUAGAGAGCUGCUAUUCUAACUUGUUCUUGGUUUUAUUUCCCUAUGUAAGCAAUGUUUGAGGAGCUACCCCUUUCUUGGCAUAAUGAAAUUUCAUAAAUACAUGAUGAAAAUUAGCUCCUUCAAGCCUCUCUGGCUGGGGAAAAAAGAAAACAGUCUCACAUUAAAUGAAUUACCAGCUGUCUUCUCAACAAGUAGGGUGAAGAAUGGAGCCUAAAUCAAUCAGCACCAUCUAUUGGGAAUGGUGUGUUUUUACUAGGAUGAAUAAUUCUUGGACUUUUUUUUUUUUUUUUUUUUUUUUUUUUUUUUUUUACCCUUACUGGCUAAAACCUGAGCUUGAUUUUUUGGAGCCCAACCCAAUUUAUACUAAUUACUGCAGUUGUGAUUUUUUUUAAAAAAAAAAGUAUGAUCAAUGUUGCCAUAUUUGUUAGGAAAUGGUGAGUUAGCCUAAUAACUGUGAAUCCUUUUCACUUGCUGGCUCGUUUUUCAGAAGACACAUUUGUUUGAACUGGGAUUAACUAACUCUGUAAACUGCAGCUGGUAACUUCCAGUGUGUAAGGAUAUCACUUGCUUACUUCCUGUUUUAAAAGUGUAAAGACAAAUCAUUUGAAGGGACACUGUUAGGUUAACAAUAAAAUAAAUAAAUAAAUAAACAAAACGUUGCUAACUGUGUCAUUAGUUAGGCUACUAAAAGGGGGAGGAUAUGAAAAAUAUAAUUUUUCAUGAUUUAUGUCGUACUGUGUGGUGUGUUGUGUGUUUGCACUUCACUCAGGCUUUGGUACUGCUCCCACUGAAGUCAAUGGCACAGAAUCAGGUUUUCAGUUGAAACACUGAAAAUAAACAAGUCGGUUUCAUUUUGUUUCUAGUCCGUUUCUGAUUUUCAUGUGCCCCUGUUUGGUUUGCAAAAACUGCAGGGGAAAUUUUAAAUAAAAGGAAAAAACCCCAUUUUCAGUUUAACUAAAAAAGUGGAAAUACUUCUGUUAUGUUUUAAAAAAGUUUUAAAUUUAUUUACCAAAACUAAAAGUUGAGAUUAAAUUACCCAGAAGUGUCCCUUUUAAAUGAAAAGUAAUGUGACAGUUGGGGAAAGCACUUUAUCAUUGUCUAGUAAAGUUUGCACAUACGGCAUUUUCUAAACAUGUAAGUAUUUCAGUAACUGAUUAAAUAUCAGAAAAUAUUUUAAAGCGAGGGGAAAAAGCCAUAUUUACAUAAAGGGAACCUAUUUACAUGAUGGUCUAUCAGUCUUGUAAGGAAAAAAAAAUCAAAACUGAUGAGGAUUGCCCCUAUUGCAAUUUUUUUAAAAAUGAGAUUGAAUUCUUGGACAAGCUGACAUGCACUCUUAUAUGCAUUAAAAAUGAUAUUUAAUGCAAAUCUUUGCCAUUUUCAAAUUCUUUCAGGUCUUCCUAGUGUUUUUAAAAUACAAGCAAUGUACAAAAUCUGUGUUUCAGUUAGACACAGCAGCACAUUGUUUCCAAAAGAAGGGUUUAACAAAAUGACCUUUAAUUGAGAAAGACUUGGAAUGUCUUUACACUAAUGUUUCAUUUGGAUCAAGUUAUCCUUUUGUUAGGUUCUGCUCCAUUGAUUGUAUAGAUGUGCCUCAGCGCAGAAGAUCAUCACAUCCCAUUUAUUGUGGUUUCCUCUUGCCAUUUCCAAUUCGUUUUAUCACUGACCCUUUAUUUGAAUACACACAGUUAUGUGGUUUAUUGCUUGGUAGCUGUGUUCUAAUGGUUGCUUUUUCAUGCAGACAUUGAUUUUUCUCUUAUUUUGCAUCUUUCUCUACUUUGCAAUCUCAAUUUAAGAAAGACUGUUGUGGACUGUUGUUUUCAGUUGCAGGCUGCAUGGCUUUGGCAUGCAAUGCUCAUGGGUAGGAAGUGUUUUAGCUAGGUUUCCUCAAAGCUGCCACUAGGUCUGGUGGGUUUAUGAGAUGCUUGUUUCUUAGCUUGUAGUUAAACUUCCUGUAAAUAAUGUACUGUAUUUGUGAAAUGGCUGGAGCUUAGUAUUCCAGGAGACUGACGCCAUAGACUCGGAGAGAGAAAACCAUUUAUGGUUUCUGCCUUUGUCACCUUCAGGCAGCCUAUAACUACAGAGAGACCGCUUUCUUUAUGGGUUUAAUUUAAAAUGUGAGAGCUGGGCUGGACCUUAUGGCUUGCAUUAUUAUGAUUUGCCCAUCACGUUUUAAAUACAUCUUCAGGUAACCAUUUGCCUUAUAGGUGUAUUUCAUUGUCAGAAAUAUAAUUAAUGUUGACUAAAAUAUGUUAUUGUCUGUAACCUGUAGUAUGUAGUGUACCUUGUGGGGCAGAUCCUUAGCUGGUAAAAGUUGUCACAGCUCCAUUGCAGUCAAUAAGAGUUAUGACAGUUUACAUCAGAUGAGGAUCUGCGCCUGUGUCUUUCUGGCACUUUAUUGUGGACCUAUCACUGAAUAGGUUAAUUCUUAAUUACUUGCGUAAUGUCAUAUACUUACAGGCAUUCUAGAGGGGUACUGCUGCCUAUGGAUAAAGAUAUGUACCCUAAUCAGGUUGUUGUAUUUUUUCAUUAGCUAUACAUGGAGAAAAUAUAUUAUGUUACAAAAGAUGCAUUAUAUAUAUAUAUAUCUCUUAUAUCGUGCACAUUAUAUGCUGUACAUUAUUCAUUUAAGAAGUCAUUAUUCUUGAGGCCCUACCUCAGAUUUUGUAUUUG